UCCUGGGACACCCCUUUCUCCAGCCCAGGUCCGCGGGCCUGAGCACCAGCAGAGGCAUUUUCUGGGACCAUCCGGGUCGGGGAGGCGCCCCGCCACUUCUGCAGGUGUAGGGAGCAGAAGAGCCGGCAGGCCGGGGGUGGGGGCAGAUUCGGCGGGAGUCAGCGCCAGCCACUAAGCUACGGUAUGUUCAUUUUUAGUGUGAACCGUGCUCCUCCCUGCUUCCCGCUGACUGCCAGGCGAAAAUCCCCGCUGCCAUGGGCCGCAGUUUUCCCACCUGCAGAAUGAGAGGCCCUAGCGUGUAGGAAGGAGAGUGAGGGCGUGGACUCAAGGUGAGGGACGGGUGUCAUCACCCAGGACUGCCCACAGGCCAUAGCAGCCCCUGAACCGCUGGUGGCAGGUCACCCCUCCUCCCCGACCCCCACCUUCACCUUCUCACCGGGGAAACCAAGACUAGAAUGAAGCGGCCAGCCUGUUGAGUGUGAAACAAUGUAUGUUGUGGAUUCUAUUUGCAUAUCCUGGUUGCUAACAACAGACAGUGUCUUUCGCAAGGUCUGAUUUCCGUCUGGCGUUGUCCUACUCAUGGAUUCCAUGCAAGGCGUGAGAAUCCCCGAGAAAUAAAAGAUUAAUCCAGCCUAGUGGACCCUGGCUCCUUACCUCUGAGUGCGUCUGGGCUGUAGGCUUGACCGGCCCCUCACGUAAUGAAUCCCCCGGCGGCAACCCGAGACCGGUUCUCCGCCUUCAGGUCACCUGCUCUGUCAGAAGGGACAGAUGAGAGCGCUCCAGAGACUGAGUCAGGGCAGGGUCCUGCUCAUGACCGUCUGUGCAGCUGGCAUUGGUGGGACUUUUCAGUUUGGCUAUAACCUCUCCAUCAUCAAUGCCCCCACCGUGCACAUCCAGGAGUUCACCAAUCAGACGUGGCAGGCACGUUCAGGCCGGCCGCUGCCUGACCACCUGGUUCUGCUCGUGUGGUCCCUCAUCGUGUCUCUGUACCCCCUGGGGGGCCUCUUUGGGGCGCUGCUUGCAGGGCCCCUGGCCGUCAUGCUGGGAAGGAAGCAGUCCCUCCUGGUGAACAACAUCUUCGUGGUAGCCGCAGCGGGUCUGUUUGGCUUCAGCCGCAGAGCGGGCUCCUUCGAGAUGGUCAUGCUGGGUCGGCUGCUCGUGGGGGUCAACGCAGGUGUGAGCAUGAACGUACAGCCCAUGUCUGGGGAGAGUGCGCCCAAGGAGCUCCGAGGAACCGUGGCCAUGACCUCAGCCAUCUUCCCUGCCCUGGGGAUUGUAAUGGGCCAGGUGGUCGGACUCAGGUAAGGAGCUCCUGGUGGCCCGCAGGCCUGGCCCCUGCUGCUGGCCAGCUGCCUGGUGCCUGGGCUGCUCCAGCUGGCCUCCCUGCCCCUGCUCCCUGAGAGCCCCGCUACCCUCCUCAUUGACCGUGGAGACGCAGAGGCCUGCCUGGCAGCACUGCAGCGGUUGCGGGGCACCACGGACUUGGCGUUGGAGCUGGUGGAGCUGGAGGAGGAACGCGCCGCCUGCCAGGGCCUGCGAGCACGGCGCCCGUGGGAGCUGUUCUGGGAUGGCACCCUGCGGCGGCAGGUGACGAGCCUCGUCGUCCUGGGCAGCGCCAUGGAGCUCUGCGGGAAUGACUCGGUGUACGCCUAUGCUUCUUCCGUGUUCCUGGAGGCGGGAGUCCCCCAGGAGAAGGUCCAGUAUGCCAUCAUCGGGACCGGGUGCUGCGAGCUGCUCACCGCCUUCGUCAGUUGUGCGGUCAUUGAGAGGGUGGGCCGGCGGGUGCUGCUGAUGGGGGGAUACUGCCUGAUGACCUUCUGGGGGAGCAUCUUCACAGUGGCCCUGUGCCUGCAGAACUCCUUCCCCUGGAUGCCCUACCUGGCCAUGUCCUGCAUCUUUGCCUUCAUCCUCAGCUUUGGCAUUGGUCCCGCUGGAGUGACAGGGAUCCUGGCCACAGAGCUAUUUGACCAGACGGCGCGGCCUGCUGCCUACAUGGUCUGCGGGGCGCUCAUGUGGACCAUGCUCUUCCUGGUUGGGCUGGGGUUCCCUUUCCUCAUGGAGGGAUUGUCCCACUUCCUCUACGUGCCUUUCCUUGGCGUCUGUGUCUGCGCGGCCAUCUACACUGGCUUCUUCCUCCCUGAGACCAAAGGCAAGACGUUCCUGGAGAUCUCUGAAGAAUUGCGCAGACUCAACCUCCUGAGGCGGAGCCAGGGCCGCAGGUGGAGAGGCCCGGACGUCAUCCAGUCUACGGAGCUGUAGCCCCGCAGGUGUGGCUGGGACCCAGACCCAGCUGCUGCCCUCCCCUUUGCUUCCUCUCCCUGCACUUGCUCCUGUAUUUGCCCACUUAAUGAGUGCUUAUUAAAUGAGCACCUACUGUGUGCAGGCAUGGUGCCUUUGGUGCUCCCCACCUAGAGGCAGUCAACAAACAGGAAACCAAUGAAAACGUAACUACAAACUCAGGGAAUUGCAGUGGGAGAAAAGUACAGCUUGUGAAGGGUGCGCAUACCCCAGGGUGGGGGCGGGGUGAUGCAGUUUAAGAGGGGCGUGGCCAGAGAAGGAUUUUUCUGAGGAAUUGAUUUUUUAAAAAAUCAACCUUAUUGAGGCAUAACUUAUGUAGAAUAAUGUAUCCAUAUUAAGUAUGCAUUCGAUGAGUUGUCAGCUUUAUCUACCCAUGAAACUGCCACAUCACCACAGUCAAGACAGAACAUUCACAUCGGCCCCAAAUCUCCCUUUGCAGUCAGUAGCCCAUCCCUCCUGCAGCCCCAAGCCACCGCUGACCUGUGUUCUGUCACUACCGGCCGGAUGUGCCUUUUUCAGAAUUUGACAUGAUUCCAUGAUGUAUGUGUACAUUUGUGUCUGGCUUUGCUCCAUAUAGAGUUUUGGAAAUUCAUACAGCUCGUUGCAUGUCUUAGUUAAUAUUCCUUUGUAUUUCUGAGUAGUAUCUCACUGUAUGGACACACCAGAACUUGUUUAUCCAUUUCCCUGUCGGUGGACAUUCGGGCCGUCAUGAAUAAAACUGCUGGGAGCAUUCCUGCACGGGUCAUUGUGCAGACAUACGUUUUCAUUUCUCAUGGGUAAAUGAAUUGCUGAGUUUAAUAACGAAGGUAUGUUUAGCUGGAGAAGAAACUUUUCCAAAGUGAUUAUACCGUUUGGCAUUCCCACUAGCAAUGUUGAAAAUUCCAGAUGUUCUAAAUCCUCAUCAGCACUUGGAGUCGUCGCCUUCUUGAUUUAGCCAUUCUUGUGAGUGCAUAAUGGUGUCUCGCUGUGGUUUCAUUGAGGUGUUUCCCUGAUGACUCACAAUGUUGAGCAUCUUCUCAUCUGCUCCGUACAGCCAUUCAUCUAUUUUCUUUUAUGGAGAAUCUGUUCAGAUAUUUUGUCUCCUACUUAUCUGUAUUUUUUAAAUUUAAUGUUUUAGAGCAGUUUUAGGGUCACAGCAAAAUUAGAAGAUAGAGAUUUCCCGUGUAUCUCCUGCAUGCCCCACCCCCCACAUACAGUGCCUCCUCUGUUGGCAGCAUCUCCCGCCAGAGCGGGGCAUUUGUUACAACCGAUGAACCCACAGUCGCAUAUCAUUGUCACCCAAAGUCCAUUGUUCACACUGGGGUUCAUGCUUGCAGUUGUACAGUCUACGGGUUUGGAUAAAUGUAUGAUUUUGUGUACCCAUCGUUAUGGCGUCAUACAGAGUAGUGAAUUUCACGGCCCUGAAAAUCAUCUGUGUUCUGCCUGUGGUGCGGAGUGGGAGGGUGGGUGCCGGCCCCAGAGCCUGGUCAUCUCAAGACAGGGAGAGACUGGGCCUAGGCCCCCUGGGAAACGGUGCUUCCACCGUGAGAGAGGAGGGGCUCCCUACCGACCUGGCCCUCUUGUGGGUCUCCACCUGGGCAGCCAUGCUGACCCAGAGCUGGUUAGGAAGAGGUGUAGGACAAUGCAGAACCUUUGCCCUCAGGGGGACAGGGCAGCAGGGGACAGAGCUCUUGCAAGGAGGCAUCUGGCCCGGCCUCUCCUCUGUCUCCUCUUUUUGAUCCUCACGAGCUUGUGACACCCUCACUGUUGGUGGACACCCCAGGGCUUGCCUGGGGGGUGAACCCCUGACCUCAGGUCCCCAGAGCACUCCUGAUGGAAGGGGUCCCACCAGUCUGGACACUCAGCCAGACCCUUUGUGUCCUUUUCUGCUGGUCCCUGUCAAGCUCCAGAUUCCCCUGGACUGCU